UGAAGGGGGAACAUGUUUGCGCUCAUCCUAUUGGCCAGACGGCACGUGCGCCAGUGCCAGGUGCCGUAUGGAGGGGAUUGUGGUAUAAAACGAGGUUACCAACACCAAAUCCGGCAUUCAAGGCUCGACGCCUCAUGUGAAAAGUUGCUGCCUCAGCACGUUCGGAGCUCUUCUUUUUUUUUCUCUCUGUGUUUUUAGUUUCUGUUUCUUAUGAGUUUGGUGUUACGAUUUAUCCCAAAUCAUCGCAGAGUACAAAACAUUUUUUUUUGCUAACCACAAGUGUUGAGUCAAUUCAUGUGCUGUGUGAACAAUCUGCAAAGUGUUAAUUAACUGAAGAAGCAAUUUAAGACAUUUUUCUCGUGAUUUCCCAAUUAUCGACAAUUUGGACAGUUUUGGUUUUCUUUUUUCUUGCUGUGGAGAAAGGAUUUAGUGUUGUGACUCUUGAGGAAAUAUGCCAACAUCCAUCAUGCAGAAAAACUACAGUCACUGUCCCCUCAAGAAACGGCCAGUUCAUAUUGUUCGUGAAGAAGCCAUAAAACAAGAAGAAGUCGAUUCUGAUGAACCUGAAAAUUUAAGUACAAAACCUGAGGAUUUGUCCAAAAGUGGAAAGUAUCCGAAGAAACCAGUUACUCCUGUUUCAAGGAGUCCCUCACCACAGAGACAUAAUGUGGCCAUUCCGACGCCACAGUACCCAAGUGUACCUUUGAAUUACCAUGCUCCAAUCAAGUCUGAUCCAGUGUCUCUGAGAUCCAGUGAUGCUCUCAACUAUGCAAGUCCCACCAACUGGCACAAACCCGUCUCAUCGCCAGCCACAUCUCCCUAUCCAGCAUAUCUUCCCCUGCCUGGCUACGUUUUACCUUUCCCGGGAGAUCACUAUGGCAGUAUCUACCCUCAUCAUCCACCAUCCCCUGCCAGAUCGGAUCAACUAUCCCCUUACGCUCAGAGGGACUCAUCCGUUUCUCCACCAGCUCAUGGAUUUCUAGGAGCUUCUGCUCCUCGAAUCCAUCGAGAUGCAUCUCUAUCCCCGCCGAUCCUGAUGCAGCCUUACGCUACCGACCUUCGUAGGAUUCACAAUAAUAACAACGUUAUUAAAACGGAACACUAUGGUCACCAUCGCUUCAUGCCCUACCACCUAGGACAUCAUCAAUCCUUAAUUAUGCCUGUUGAUCACUCAUCCCUGUCACCUACAUCGAGUCAUGCAUCCUACAAUUCCCUUAUGUCAUCAAGGAGAUCCACCUCGCCAUCAUCGAGUUCCUCAACACCAGAGGACCUCUCAUCGAGCCAUCCCCUGCGACCACUGGCUGAGAAGUCCUCCUCAAGUGCCAAUAUCCAGAAAGUGAAGAAAGACAGUGAGAAAACAAGUGCAAACGGUGCUCCGCGAUAUCAGUGUCCGGACUGUGGCAAGUCCUACUCUACCUUCUCUGGCCUGUCCAAACAUCAACAGUUCCACUGCCCUGCCGCCGAGGGCAAUCAGGCCAAGAAGUCCUUCAGCUGCAAGAACUGUGACAAAGUGUAUGUGAGUCUGGGAGCGCUAAAGAUGCACAUUCGUACCCACACACUUCCGUGUAAGUGCCAUAUCUGCGGGAAGGCUUUUUCACGCCCAUGGCUCCUGCAGGGACACAUUAGGACACACACAGGAGAAAAGCCUUUCAAUUGCCAGCACUGUCAGCGCGCCUUUGCCGAUCGAUCAAAUCUGCGGGCUCAUCUUCAAACCCAUUCCGACAUCAAGAAGUACUCCUGCUCGUCCUGUAGCAAGACCUUCAGUCGAAUGUCCUUGUUGACCAAACACACGGAUGGAGGGUGCCCGGGACUUCAAAUGACAAAUCCCGGAUUCACCAGUGCACUGCCCUCCAGCAAGGACAUCAGUGUGUACUGAAGGUAAAGCUUCAAGACUCCCUGAAUAUCAAGACUGAUCUCUCACUGACGCAGCCACCGAGAACCCUCUUCUGGGCGAUCCCAUCCAUUUAGACCACAAGUAAGCGAAAGCACUGAUUAAACUCCCUACAGUCGAAAUGCGCGAGAACAAAAACCCACUUAGAAUUAUUUUAUAUGUUUUUAUUUUUAUUUUCUAUCCCACUUUUGAUUUUUUUUGUCUUAUAAAAAAUAAGUUCGUGAGUUUUUAAAAGACGUUCGUGUCAUACCGCUUAAAAUUAAUUUAUUGUCAUUCCUUCUCUUUAGCUGUUAAGAUUUCUAUCAUUCUUUUUUUUUGUAUUUUGAUAUAAGGCGACAAGAAAGUUUACCAAAAAUUAGUCUCUAGGUGUGCUCCCGCGACACGAUCGUACGCGCGAUCGCGAGAGGAAACUAGUCAAUUUAUAUGAGCACGGUACUUGAUUUUUUAUCUAUCGAUCUCGAGACACAACAUCCCAAAAUUUGACAAUUUUUUUUUAAAUUUUGUAUUUGCGAACAUUCUUUUACCAAAAACAAAAACUUCACAAAAUUUUGGCCGAUCGUUGAUCGAGUUGUUCGCCCCAUCAAAAGUUGUGCCUUACAAAGAAAAAACUGCAAGUAAAGAAAUUCAAAAGACAAACUUUUCACAAUAGCAAGAUAAUGAGGUACGAGCAAGGUUAAGAAUAAGAAUGUAAAAAGAGAGUAGAGUGUAAGAGAUCAUGUAAAAAAAAGAACAGUGUAAAUAGAGAACCGUAGAAUAUACGAUCAGAUUAUUUAAUAUAUAUUUUCUCUGUAAACAUCAACUGUACAACUUAUAAGAAAAAAAGCCCCGUAUAAUUACAUUGUGUAAGGAGAAUGUUUAUUUUUGCAAAAAAUAAACGAAAAUUACAAUAAUAUUGAGAAGAAAA